CGCUUCCGGUUCCGGGGUAGCGGCGGGGGCCGAGAGGCUUCGGGCCGCUGUUUGUAAACUUGUCUCCCGGGGGAGCGCGCGGAGGCGACGGCGGAGCCCGGAGCCCGCAGCGGCCGAGCCAGGCUCCAGAGACGUGUCUGCAGUGAUAUCAAGGCACGAAGAUCAACCCCCUUUAUCCAGCAUCCAUCCAGAAGCAGGGCUAGGGUUGGGAUGACUCAUCUGUAAAAGCGGUGCAGUCAGUUACCUUCCCGUCUAGCUUCUCCAGCUCUCGGCAGUGCUUGGGGAAGACACCCUUAGAACGUCACACACGAUUCCAGGCUCUCAGAAUCCAGAAAGAUGUCGGCAAAGUGGAGGGUACUGGACAAGACCAGCAAAAAAUGAUUAACUGAAAAAAAAAAAAUCUUUCUAAUCGUAAAAUUCUUUCCCGGGAGAGAAUUAAGGCUAAAGAAUUGUUACAAUCCGUUUGUUGAGGACAGACAGACAAGAUGGCUCAGGCGAGUCUCCUGGCCUGCGAGGGCCUCUCUGGGGUGUGCCUCGUGCCAACUGUUGCCAGCAAGAAGAUGAUGCCAAAACAGAGCUCCAAGCAGACAGAGAAUGGAGAGAGGGGGAACAGCCCAAACAUGCUGGGUCUCCGCCAGGAGAGCGAGAAAUCUCGCAGCCGUAAAGAGGAAGAGCUGACAGAAGCAUCGCAGCCAAAAAAGACCAUUAAAAAGAUGACGGUGAUUGAGCAGAACGGCUCCUUCCAGCUGAGAAUCCCCAAGAACUUUAUUUGCGAGCACUGCUACGGAGCCUUUCGGAGCAGCUACCAUCUGAAGAGACACAUCCUCAUCCAUACUGCCCCUUCUGCUCUUCCCCAGGUGAGAAGCCGUUCGAGUGUGAUCUGUGUGACAUGCGCUUCAUCCAGAAGUAUCACCUGGAGCGCCACAAGCGUGUGCACAGCGGCGAAAAGCCCUACCAGUGCGAGCGCUGCAUGCAGAGCUUCUCCAGGACAGAUCGGCUGCUUAGACACAAACGAAUGUGCCAGGGCUGCCAGACCAAAACCCCCGACUCGCAGCUGCUGCUUUAGGAGCCAGGGUGAUGCGUCGGAGAAGCUAGGAAGUGGACAGGAUUUUCAGUUUUCUGUGUCUGGUUUUGCCUGCUCCUGCUCCCCCAGUCAAGGUGGGGACAGAGCUGAGGACUCUCCUAGACUCUCAGAUGGGGUCCUGACACUGUAGAUAAGAUGAGAAUGAUCUGGAAUCUCUACCCAACCAGCAGAAGCCACGGGCAGCUGUGUAUAAACCUUCUUUUCCAUUGAUUUGUUUUUGAAGUAUCACCAUUUGCCUCUCAGGAAAGGCUUCGUGGGACAACAGGGCAAAGCUAGCGACACUCGCCUCAGACUCUUAACACUUGCCAUCACCUGACCGACCAGCUCACACCCAGGUAGAGCUCACAGGUAUGAAAUACAGCGGGGUGGAAAUCAACCAUGUUGUUCUUUUGACUUUUUUUUUUUAACCAGUCUCACCGGAAGAGACCAACAAAGCAGUGGAUUAUAAGAGGCAGCUGUGGAGGAUUUUGGUUCAGGUGUGAAAUGCAAGAACUCAUCUCAGCCGAGAGCUUGGUUGUGAGGUCUGCGGAGCUUUUAUUUUUAGGGCGUCUGAUUUUGUAACCGAGUUUCCUCCUGCUCUUUCCACCUCAAGAAAUGAGCGGGGACGUUGGAGGGGGAGGGAGGAGAGCGCACUGUUGGAGAGGGGAGGGUAGCGGUUGAAACUCUUGUGACAACCAGCAGCUGGUGCGAUCAGUGUCCUAUGAAAUGGUGUUGUGUGAGCUGCUGCUGUAUACAUGGCCUGGGUGAACCCGCAUGGCAUUGUCUGAACAUAACCCUUAGAAACACCCAAACCCCUCGUGACAGGCAGUGCUUCGGGGUAUACAGCCCAUGGCUGUGGGGGACGGCUUCUGCCAGAGGCUGCCCUCCUUCCUUGGCCCCAGUGUGUGUGUGUAUGUGAGGAUGCUUGGGGUGAUCACAUUACCGCAGGUCCCUGUUCCCCCUGGAAUUCAGAUCCUAGUCUGGUUCAUGGCAGCAGCCCAUAAUCUGGCUUUCUCAGAAAUGCUCUAGCCUCAAAUGCUGCCGGGAUUGGCUCACACUCGGGAAGGUUUUCAGUUGCUUUGUAGUUCGGGAUAAGAUCCACCCCUUUGUGUUUGACCCCGCAGGCUAGCCAGGAAUGAAUCUUUGCAGUGUCUGUUGUGGAUUUGGGGGCGGAAUUUAACCCACUCUUGGAUUUCACUUUCAUUAAAUUGGUGCCCUGUCCACUUGCGGGUGGACACCACUUAAAUAAACUGUGAUCUCUCUGGCAACUUUCCAGUGGCCCAGGAGCAACUGCCCAGUUCAGGGGGAGCUAGAAACAGCUAAAGGGACCUGCAGGGAAAGGCAGUUAAACUUCCUCCUGUGGAAGAAACAGAAACCAUGAGCAUGAUGGAGGGGGCCAGGCUCCCCAGCCGCUGUCAGGAACCCUGAUUGUUGCAGGCCAGGAAAAGCCUGUUACCAAAGCGUCAACUCUGCCUCCCCAAAUUCCCCUCUCGGCUCCCAACGCAUGUUCGUGCCCUGCCUCUGAAAACUCAGGCCCAGCUAGUGUCAGCUAAAGAUCAGUCCUUUCCCUGCUGGGAGCAAAUGUGUGGGGAAGGAAGACGCUGUUCAUGUCUGCGGGUUGGCUCCCACUCCCCCUGCAGUGACAGCAGUAUAUUGGCUACUUCCUGCUCAGUGCUCUGCUGGGAGCCCCACCCAGAUGUCCCUGGUUGCAUAGCCUGGGUCUAGCUAAGCUUGGUGUCUGUGCACAGCAGCUGGUAUUGCUGCAGCUCAGGAUCUCCUGUUUCUGCCCCAAGAUGUCACUUGGUGUCCUGGUAAUUGUUCUGGGGCGGGGGGAGCAGGGCACAUGGGACAGCAAGAAUCUGGACUCGGCUUUCUGAGCAUCAGUGACACUGGAGCAAAGUGCCCUUGGGAAAUGACCCAAAUGCUCUUUAAAAUGUCAGUGGCUCUGUCACUUAGUUCAAAUCAUGUGGCCCUCCAUGUAGCUAGCUACAUACCGAAAUAAAAUCCUUUCUGUAGCAGCCUCUCCUAGCAGCAGAGCGCACUCUGCACCGGUGCAGCCUGGCCUUGUCCGGCGAAGGUAGAUACUGCCCAAGUUUAUCUUAGGCCAGCGGGGACGCUGCUAAUGUUAGAAGUCGACCUUCUGUCUCUUUAUCUCACUGCGCCAUUCCUUUGGGUCUUCAGGUCUCUUCAGACUCCCUUCCCCCACGGGUGCUCCUCCUCAUCCUCUUCUCUUCUCCUCUUCCCCCCACCCACCCACCCACCCCC